AUGCCUGAUCCCGCCAAGCAAGAUCCGCCCGAGCUAGCACACCACCUGCCACUCCUCCUACGCCACUACUGCGCCCUCUCGCCCUCCUCUCCCAUCCAAAUCCCUUCUCCUCCCUUCCCAUCUCCCCGAACCCUUUCACUCCCCCAAACGCAGCAAUACCUUGUCGAGCACUUCUUGGGACGGACUGAGUCUGACGAGGGAGCGAGGAGCUGGAGGAGGGCGUUUUGGAGGAGGGUUACGAAGGGGAUUGAGGCUGGGUUUGAGGAGAGGAGGAGGGAGGGAGAUGCGGAGCGGGUGGAGGAUGAGGAAGUCCACCCCGACAUCCUCGAAUCCAUGGUCGACUUCCUCUCGACCUCGUCUUCAACUGCCGAAUGCGACGCUCCGGGCGUGUCGACUCGCACAUACUACUGGGGAGACCUGUCUGAACCUCCUGCAAGUUGGCGAAGUAUCAGGUCGAAGGAGGAGGGCAGGAUGAUUAGCGGCGGCACAACUGGCUUGCGAACAUGGCAAGCCUGUAUCGCCCUCUCGAACCAUCUCCUUGCCAACCCCGCCGCGGUCCUCUCCGCAAACCGGAUCCUCGAACUUGGCGCUGGUGUCGGCUUGCUCUCGCUCGUCGCGGCGCGGAUCAAGCAGGAUGCGCUCGCGGAAGGCGGGACGGAGGAGAAGAAGCGUAUCGUGGCGACGGAUGUGGACAAGAAGGUGUUGGAGAUGCUGCGAGGUAACAUUGCGCUGAACUCGCUCGACGACCUCGUCAAGGCAGAGUCGCUCGACUGGGAGCUUGCAUCAGAUCCAGAGACGGGGCAAGACACCUUGCAGGCAUGGAAAGACGCUGUCUUUGACGGAGGAGGUGGCGCAGAGCUGAUUAUCGGCGCCGACAUAGUCUACGAUCCCUCCCUUGCUGGACACCUUGCAGCAACCCUUCAGUGGCUGUUACAACGAGGUAGCGGCGGCAAGGCGCCUGAAGCGUUGAUUGCUGGGACGGUGCGGUCGGAGGAGACGUGGGCGUUGUUCCUUGAGGAGUGCCGAUCCAGCCAACUCGUCGUCGAAGCCGUUCCGCUCCAGACUCUCCCGGACCAAAGCGGUCUCGUCGGCGCAGAAGGAUGGGUAGGCGAGGGCGAAGUGCGCCUGGUGCACAUCGUAGCUGCCUGA